AUGCGGAAGGAUCCGCACAUGUGCAGGAACCACGUGACCCGGCAGAAGAAAAACGAUCGGAACGAGCGCUUCCGACUCAAAAAUGCGGAAGGAUCCGCACACGUGCAGGAAGUGCAGCGGACGCUCUUCAUUCGUGAGCGCCGAUUACCGAUGACGCUCUUCAUUCCAUCUCCCCGCCACAUUCUCCCGCUUUCCAUCACCCCACCCCAUUCUCCCGCUUUCCAUCACCCCGCCCCAUUCUCCCGCUUUCCAUCACCCCGCCCCAUUCUCCCGCUUUCCAUCACCCCGCACCAUUCUCCCACUUUCCAUCACCCCGCCCCAUUCUCCCGCAUUCCAUCACCCCGCCCCAUUCUCCCGCAUUCCAUCACCCCGCCCCAUUCUCCCUCCUUCCAUUACCCCGCCACAUUCUCCCUCCUUCCAUCGCCCCGCCACAUUCUCCCGCUUUCCAUCAUCGCGCCCAAUUUUUCCGCUUUCCAUCACCCCGCCCCAUUCUCUCGCUUUCCAUCACCCCGCUCCAAUCUCUCGCUUUCCAUCACCCCGCCCCAUUCUCCCUCCUUCCAUCACCCCGCCCCAUUCACCCUCCUUCCAUCACCCCGCCCCAUUCUCCCGCUUUCCAUCACCCCGCCCCAAUCUCCCGAUUUCCAUCACCCCUCACCAUUCUCCCGCUUUCCAUCACCCCGCCCUAUUCUCCCGCUUUCCAUCAACCCGCCCCAUUCUCCCGCUUUCCAUCACCCCGCCCCAUUCUCACGCUUUCCAUCACCCCGCCCCAUUCUCCCGCUUUCCAUCACCCCGCCCCAUUCUCCCACUUUCCAUCACCCCGCCCCAUUCUCCAGCUUUCCAUCACCCUGCCCCAUUCUCCCUCCUUCCAUCACCCCGCCCCAUUCUCCCUCCUUCCAUCACCCCGGCCCAUUCUCCCGCUUUCCAUCACCCCGCCCCAUUCUCCCGCUUUCCAUCACCCCGCCCCAUUCUCCCGCUUUCCAUCACCCCGCCCCAUUCUCCCGCUUUCCAUCACCCCGCCCCAUUCUCCCGAUUUCCAUCACCCCGCCCCAUUCUCCCGCUUUCCAUCACCCCGCCCCAUUCUCCCGCUUUCCAUCACCCCGCCCCAUUCUCCCGCUUUCCAUCACCCCGCCCCAUUCUCUCGCUUUCCAUCACCCCGCUCCAAUCUCUCGCUUUCCAUCACCCCGCCCCAUUCUCCCUCCUUCCAUCACCCCGCCCCAUUCACCCUCCUUCCAUCACCCCGCCCCAUUCUCCCGCUUUCCAUCACCCCGCCCCAAUCUCCCGAUUUCCAUCACCCCGCACCAUUCUCCCGCUUUCCAUCACCCCGCCCUAUUCUCCCGCUUUCCAUCAACCCGCCCCAUUCUCCCGCUUUCCAUCACCCCGCCCCAUUCUCACGCUUUCCAUCACCCCGCCCCAUUCUCCCGCUUUCCAUCACCCCGCCCCAUUCUCCCACUUUCCAUCACCCCGCCCCAAUCUCCAGCUUUCCAUCACCCCGCCCCAUUCUCCCUCCUUCCAUCACCCCGCCCCAUUCUCCCUCCUUCCAUCACCCCGGCCCGUUCUCCCUCCUUCCAUCACCCCGGCCCGUUCUCCCGCUUUCCAUCACCCCGCCCUAUUCUCCCGCUUUCCAUCACCCCGCCCCAUUCUCCCGCUUUCCAUCACCCCGCCCCAUUCUCCCGCUUUCCAUCACCCCGCCCCAUUCUCCCGCUUUCCAUCACCCCGCCCCAUUCUCCCGCUUUCCAUCACCCCGCCCCAUUCUCCCGCUUUCCAUCACCCCGCCCCAUUCUCCCGCUUUCCAUCACCCCGCCCCGUUCUCCCGCCUUCCAUCACCCCGCCCCGUUCUCCCGCCUUCCAUCACCCCGCCCCAUUCUCCCGCUUUCCAUCACCCCGCCCCAUUCUCCCGCUUUCCAUCACCCCGCCCCAUUCUCCCUCCUUCCAUCAACCGGGAGAUGCUCCUGA